GAGCGAGGUGGCAGAGGGAGCCCCGGCGUACGCGGGGGAGCAGUGCCCCGACCAGUUCGACGACCAGCGCGCUUGCCCGCGCGGCGACGCCUGCGGCAUGUGCCACAGCACCGCGGAGACGUGCAACAUCUUCAACUAUGGCGUUCCAGAGGACGCGCUGAGCGGGCCCUUCGGCCUGGCCAGCCUGUGCAAGGGCGUAGCCACGCUCGCGCUGAGGCUCGGCAUCGUGCUGGCCUUCCUGGGCCUGCUUGGCGCGGGCCUGUGCGAGCUCGAGGCCGUCUGCCCCUCCGCGGUGUCCUGCGCAGCCGGCUGGGGGGAGAGCGCUCCCUGUUCGCCUACGUCCUGCACCACGUUUGGCUGGAGCUGGCCCGGGCGGCCGGCGGCCGGGAGGCGCUGGACGCCGCCCCGGCCAGCUGCUUCCCGGCCCUGUGUUUUGCACUGGCCCUUCAGGCGACCGUCGUGCUGUCCUCCGAGGGGACGGCGAAGCUGGCCCGAUGGGUGCUCGUCCCGCCCUGGCUCUGAGCGUGCCAUCCGACCGACGUGCACGGCAGAAUUCGUAACUUGUUGAGCGAUUGGAGCACAAGAUCUGCCAUCUGCUCCCAGCGACUUUGCCGGCCGCCGCGCGCUGCCCCUGCCAUCUUUGAGCACCGCGCGGGGUCUUUACCUGCGCCGCCCCCACUUGUAAUACCUGCACUGGCUUGGUGGUGCAGUUUGCCCACAUGUGCCAACACGAAAGUUCAUCUUCAUUGGAGGCGUUCCAUAAAAG